AAUUUUGUAUUGGAAAACACCAAAAAAUUUUGUGAAUGAUUACUUUAUUUCGAGUUACAAUGAAAUCGAGCGUUUAUACACAAUUUGAAGGGUGUAUUUAAACUACAAGAAUGGUGAAUGCUUACAAGAAUUUCGGACUUAUUUACACUAUUUAUGUAUUGUUUUUACCUUCGAAAACGUCAAUUUCGGCUACGUUUCGAAAAAAUCAAUUAACAAAGAUAAUUAUUUAUUAUCGAGCAGAAAAAGUUGUAAGUUUGUAGUCUUCUUAAAUGCUGCUAAACAUUCCACAGAAACAGAAGUUCACUGUUGCGAAAAGCAAGUUGGUGUUCAGACCUAUGCUACACCAACCUCGUAUUUAUGCUGGUGCUCCUGCUGGAGUCCAUGUGACCACGGUCCAUGCUUAUGAUCCUGAAAAACCAAGAACCAAAGUUGAAUACAAUUUGCCGAAUGUUUUAGAUUAUAAGAAUUUUGUGAUAGACAAAAUGUCAGGAAACCUGUCCACUGCUUUGCCAAUCAACAAAACAGUAGGAGAAACAUACCAGGUAAUGGCAACUGCAGUAAGCUAUAACUGUUCUGAGUUGGAGCAUCUGCAGAUAGCUGUGACUGAAUUCAAUCAAUUUUCUCCAAGAUUUGAUACUGAACAGUACGAUCUAGAAUUCCAUCCAAAAACAGAAGUUGGAACGAUCGUCUUAAGAGUAAAAGCUACUGAUCCGGAUCCAGUUCCACAAAAUGCAGAAAUAUAUUACUUACUGGAUCAGAAUUCUACAAGUCAAUAUUUUGAUUUGGACCCUAUAACGGGAGAACUUUCUUUAAAUCAAUACAUAAAUGACACAAAAGCUUUGAAACUCUUUGGUAUAUAUGCAGAAGAUGGCGGAUCACCGAAGCGUUGGGCUUAUGUUGCAGUUAGUACCAUAAUAAAACACUUAUCAGCUCCCCAAAAUGUUACCAUCAGUAACAUAACUUCUGAAUUUGCCACUGUUUGCUGGAAUCCACCGAUGUAUGGAAAUGUACUGGGAUAUGUUGUGAAAUAUUAUCCAUUUGACAGCGAAGCAAAAUUUUUUUUUAACAUGACAGUUGUUGGUUCUUCGGGAGAUUGUAAAGUACUUACUGAACUGAUAGGCAACACUGAUUAUAAAAUGCAACUGUAUGCAUGGAAUGAACAAGAAGACGGGCAAAAGUCGGAGAUCUUUCAUUUUCAUUCAGCAGUAAAUUGGUGUAAAAAAGUAACUUGUGAAACUGGUUACUGUACCCCAUUGAAUGAAGAACCUUUCUACCACUGCGCUUGCUUUUCUGGUUAUUAUGGAAAUUCUUGCGAGUUCUUUGAUCCAUGCUCACAAAACCCAUGUGAAAACAACGGAAAAUGCCUCAAUACAACUCAUAAUGAAUAUGUUUGCAUUUGUGCUGAAGACUACAGUGGGCCGAAUUGCCAAUCUUAUAAUCCAUGCUUACGUCGCCAGAAUCCUUGUGAAAAUGGAGCGACAUGUGAAAUGACAACGACCAGAAAUACAUAUGUUUGUGUUUGCCCAGAAGGAUUCUAUGGGAGGAAAUGCAAAUUCAGAGACCUUUGUGCAUCCAAUCCAUGCAAGAAUGGAGCUACUUGCAAUAAAACAGAAAACGAAUUUUCAUGCUUGUGUUCACCAGGAUUCAUGGGUGAAUUAUGUGAAAUUGAUAUUGAUGAAUGUGCGUCAGACCCUUGUUUCUAUGGAUCAACAUGUUUAAAUUUAGUGGGGAAUUUCACUUGUGUCUGUUCAUCUGGUUUUUCUGGUCAGAAAUGUGAUACAUCGGUGCAGUGUCCUGCAGGAAGAACGGAUACUGAUUCUGGAGUUUACUAUUGGAAUGCGACAAAUCAUUCUACAAUUGCAACAGUAAAAUGUCCAUUUGGGACUCUAGAUACCGCAGUUGAAGCUAUUGCCUCGAGGGAAUGCGUUCUAGAUGAAAAUAAGGCUUCAUGGAGUCCUGUAAAUGCAUCUUUAUGUAAAGGAAAAGGUUUCAUAGUGGCCGAUGAGUUGGCCAAUGAACUGAAUUCAAUUACAAAAAAUCCUAAAUAUUUGAGCUCGGAAUCUUUAGAAGCGGCGUCUCAAGGAAUUGAAACUAUUUCCAAGUACGCUUCACAAGACAAAAAGCUUGCUGAAGGACUGCUGAUGGUCAUCAGCAAUAUAAUGGAAGCUAAUGAAAGCGUAAUAAGGAAAGAUGAGAACAAAACCUUUAGCACUUUUAGUGAAAGCGCCCUUCAAAUGGUAGAUGAUUUUGCCUCUAAUGUUGAAUUAAAACCAGGAUCAUCUGUCAAUAUAGUUACACCUAACGUUAUAAUUCACUCUAUGGAAUGGUUUCCAGAAUUUGAAGAAGAUACUGAAAGUGAUCAUCUUGAGCUUACAGCACCAACAAAAGGGAAUGCCGUGGUAGAUAAAGAAACUACUGCAAGAGAAGCGCAUGAAGAUGGUUCUGAAGUGAUGUCUGCAUCUGAAAAUAAAACAACUCCUCCAACAACUCGGGCUCCCACCCCUUCAGAAAAAGUUCCGGUGUUUCAAGUCUUUGUGCCUAAAGAAGCUUUACAAGAAGCUCAUCGGCAAAUGGAAGGCAAUGUUCGAGUAAAAUUUGUCAUUUACUACAAUGACAAACUGUUCCAAACAAAACAGAACUUAAAUCGCAAUGAAGAGAAACCUACAGAAAAAGAAAUAGCUACAAAUGAUAAGUCAACAGCUCCAAAGCCUAAUAAUCAGACAAAAGAAAAAGAAAUCAAUAUGCCAGUUCUUCAAAUAAGUGUUGGAAACGUUUCAUUGAAGAAUAUGAAUAAUCCACUUAUUUAUGUCCUCCCUUUGAAAACAAGCAGAGUACCAACUUGUGUCUACUGGGAUGAACCAGUGAAAAGUUGGUCUUCAGAGGGCUUGAAAACAAAUCAGACGGAAACUAAAAUUAUUUGCCAAUCAUCACAUCUAACAGCAUUUUCUGUACUUCUGGACUUCACACCUCAAGUAAUGGCAAGCGAUAUACAUGAAACUAUUUUAUCUAUAAUAUCUUAUUCUGGAAGUGCAUUAUCUAUAGUUGGACUGAGUUCAACACUUCUAACAUAUUCAAUUUUUGGAUGUUUGAAUCGUGAUCAUUCUGGAAAAAUAUUGUCAAAUUUAUGCUUGUCACUACUGUUGAUGAACUUAUCCUUCAUAUGCUUAUCCUUUGAACCAAGAAUUGGAGGACAUGUGUGUGCUUUAGUUGCAUUAUUACUGCACUACUUCGUUCUAACAUCAUUGUCCUGGAUGUCUGUGGAAGCUAUAAAUAUGUAUCAGCUUUUAGUUCAUGUUUUUGCUUCAUCGGAGACACACUUUCUUCUGAAAAGAUGCUUAUUUGCUUGGGGACUUCCUCUCACCAUCGUUGCAGUCACUGCCAGUUUGAAACUUGAAGCUUAUUAUUCAGGUUUAGCUUACUGUAUGAUAUCUCCCUUGGAUCCUGUGCUGUAUUAUUGCGCCUUUUUAGGGCCAUGUUGCAUCAUUCUAGCAACUAAUACAACAGUUUUCUUGUUAGUUGCAAAAGUAAUCUUUACACCAAGAUUAACAGUCAAAACGUCUUAUAGAGAGCAUCCAUCAGUUACUGUAGCUCAAGUGAGAGGAGCAUUUACAGUUAUGGUGUUACUAGGAGUAACUUGGGUAUUUGGCACUUUGACAGUUGGUCGAAUGAAGUUGUUUUUUCAAUAUUUCUUCUGCAUCGCCAAUUCUUUGCAAGGUUUCCUUAUUUUCCUGGUACGUUGUCUUCUUUAUCCAGAAGCAAGAAAUGCAUGGAUAUAUUUGUUGAAAGCUGGAAAAUUGAAAAAACACAGAGGUAUCAUUCCUCCUGGCACAGUCAGCUACUCUAAUAAUUCACACUGCACAAAAACUCCAGUUAUUUCUUCUCAAGCCGGACCGCAUACCGAUAAUGGAGAUUUGUCACCCACAGUUGCUCUAGAUAGAAGCCUCUUUGGAAGGAAUGGACGGGUUACAAAAGAUAAUGGUCAAAAAGAAAUCCCUUGUGCAAUUAUUGGAAAUUCUUUAUAUGAACAUGGAAGAAAUUGUAAAGAAAUAGAAGAGAAUAAUCCCGAGUACUACAAUAGCUGGAAUACUACUAAUCCUAAGAGGAUUCAAAAACAUUUAACUAGAAAGGGAGACACGCAUUUAAACCAUAGUGGGGUACAAUACUACAAGAAAAAUGAUAAGAUUGAUUUGCCAGUCGAAAAGCAAUUAAGCAUAGAAUCUUCUAUUUCAACUGAAGAGUCAUCGGAAAAUGACAAAACCUUUAAGCAUCACAAUUUAUUUCCAAGAAAAAAUUCCAAAUUUUCUCUAAAGGCAUACGGGAAACGCAAGCUUCGAGUAGCAUUACCGAAGAAUGAUAUAACAACAAGUGAAGAAAGUUUGGAAAAAUGUAAAGAGAAGCAAUCAAAUGAGAAUAUAACAGCGCUUGAGAGUCCUGCAAAAGAAGGAGCAAAAACAAUUCUUUCUAACAUGAAAAAGCGUUCUAAUAAUCAGAAAAAAAAUAAAAGAAAUCAAUUUUCAAACGAAAAUGCAGAAACCCGAUACAAAGAGAAGAAAGGAAUACCAAAUACAAAAAAGGAAAGUGUUUCUCAUUUUCCAGGUUAUAGACGUCGUGCAUCUACUGUUUAUGAACAGGAAGAAUGCAACACUGAUGAUUCAACUUCAACAGAUGUAGAAGAUAGUCCAUCAAGCUCGCAAAACAAUGGACCCCAAAAUUGCAGAAAUGGGUGCACUGGUACUGAUAAAUCUUGGAACAAAAGUAAAAAGUAGAAGUAUAAAAAGUAGUAAAAGAUACGUUUUUUUUAUUUAAAAAAAAACAAGGAAUAACUUAAUUUGCAUGUAUCUGCAAGAGGCGGUAAUGUAAUAAGCAGAAAUAAUUAAAUAAUGAUAAGAUUCAAAAAAUGUUUCCCACAUUUUGUUGCAAGCUUAUCAAGUUUUAUUUUCGUCACAUUUGUGCAUACAUUUAUGCACUACGGAUAAAUAUACUUAUAUAUUGAGCACAAUGGAUAUUAUCUUUUAAUGUAAUAUGAGUUAUUGUGAUAACUACAGUUUCAGCUCUGUGAAAAUUAGGAUAAUCUUAUUAUUUAUUUGUGCUAAACAUACUUCACAGUUUUAAGCUAUUUUCAUUUGUUAAAGUGCAUUCAUCUGUAGUAUUUUUAUGUAUAGUAGAUGACAUUAGCACGCUGAACAAUAAAACCAUGUGUGCACCAUGCCCAAGUAUAAUAUAUUCCUUAUGCUUAUUCCUAAAAUAUUGAGCAUGGUUUGUAUCCUAUAAAGAUGUCCACCAUUCAUUUCGCUUUGUUUUGUGAUCAAUGUAUAUUAACAUAAAGCUGUUAAAUGCUUCCAACCUUCUAAUAUCAUGAAUGAAGACUGAACUUCAGUGCUAAUUGCUAAACGCCAAACAUAUAAAGUGUGACAAACACAGUAAGUGUUCAUAGCUUUGAAAUUUGUCAAUUAUAUGUUUCAUAAGAGAUUGUAAAUGGUGUAUCUUCACCAGAGAAACGACUCUGAUAAAAAAAAAACACCUUAAAUCUCUUAAAUUUAAAAGUUUUUCAGUACGAUAUCUGUGAAAGAUUUUAAACUUUAAGGAUUUAUAUACUAUAAGGAUGUCCAUCAUUCACUUCUCUUUGUUCUGAACACCAAAUCAAUUCAUAAACACCUGGAACAAUUUAUAAACACCCGGACCAAUUCAUAAACACCGCAAAUUGUUAAAUGUUUCCAACCUUCUACCUUCCAAGUUACAUGAAUGAAGACUGAACUUAAUUGCUAAUUACAAAACACUGAACAGUAAAAGUGUGGCAAACGCACAACAUGUUAAUAACUUUGAAGUUUCAUAAGAGAUUGUGAAUGGUGUAGGCUCAUCAGAGAAUGACUCUAACGGAUAAAAUACACCUUAAAUCUCUCUUCUUUUUUUUGUUCUAUGAAGUUCUAUGAAAACUUGCAAAAAAUACCGAACUAGUUUCCUAGAAUAUUAUAUAUGAAAUAGACAUCUGAAUUCUAGAAAAACAAACACUUACACACUCAGUUUUGAGUAAGAGCAAUGACAUGGAAUAUCCUUUAAUUUUAUAAACAUUUUGAAACUGACUGUGAAUGUUGCAACUCUAGUGCAUAGCUCUUAAGGAACACAAAAUGAAACAAAAUAGGAAACCUAACCUCAUCUGAAGAAUAAAUACUAUGUUAACAUACAUAAAUCCUAGAUUGGAAAAUGAACUCUGACUAUAAGAAUCACAAAAGUAAAAUAUGUGAAGCCAACUUCUUAGAAAAUAAUAAAUGAAACCUAACUUUAAUUUAGGUAAAUUUUAACCUUCUCAUAUUUGACAACCAUUGGCUUAAUUAGAUAGUGGCCAGGGUGAGCAACACCUGAUCAUCACAUGGGUAGAAGGAGCCCUUGACCAGGGCCCCCUCUACUUUACCUUUACGACCUUUAGGAGUUCCUAACAACUUAAAAAAUUUUUAAUCCUGAAAUCUGGCAAAAUGAAUUUAUCCCAUUUCAUCUCAAAAAGACUAAGCAUCAGUUCUCAUAUUUUAAGCUUAGCCAUGAAAAAAUAAAAAAUGUUCUGCCUCAUAUAGGACAUGAUGACCACAGGGGCAAAAGGGACAACUGCCAAGGGCUCUCAAACUUUAGAGGCCCUUAAAUAUUAAUUUUUAAAAAAUUUGUAUCAAAGGUUUUAAAAUUUUAGUUAUAACUUUAUAUAAUUCAUUGCUGAUUCAUUAAAUACUUACAAUUGAUUUUUCUCCAAAAAGACCAAUUAAAUUACUAAUGCAUUGGUGCCAAUGCUUACUUUAGUUCCUCUAAAAACGUAAAAACAAUGUAUUUCUAUUAAAUUAAAAUUCUAAUGCUGCAUUCACACCAGUGUGUAAAGUACCGUGCAUGCCAUAUGCUUCGUGUAUAUAAGCAGCGCAUCAAUCAAGUUUUUAAUUGUUAAGGGCUUUUGAAUAAAUUUAACAUCAGAUCGGUGCAGCUUCCAGGCGUGUGAUACGUAUAGUACAAACUGUGCUGUGCACACAUAUAGACGUAAGAAAUUUUUUAUUAAAAUAAAAUCAUUAUAAUUUUUUAUUAAAAUAAAAUCAUUACAAAAUUUAUAUUUGGUGAAAAUGGUAAGGAUCUUUAAGCAAUAUUUUGUUCAAAGCCUCAGGAUCUCUUAAUUGAGAACUGAGGGUUAGUCAAGCCCACUCUAGAAGUUUUAUUGACCAUUCUAGAAAUAUUUAAAUUAAUUCUGUUUUAAAUAACUAAAAGGGAAAAAAUUAUAAAUAUAUAUAUAUGUAACAUAAAAAGCUUCAAUUAAUCUUUUUAUGUUAAAUCAUUUUCUUUUAUUUUAUUAAUCUAACCAAAUGCUUUCUCACACUUUUAAAUUCACAUCCUGUCCUUAAAUCUAUUUUUGGCACAAGUAUGCAUUUAUUUAAAAGCAGGACAUUUUUCCCUUUAAUCUUCGUGGGAAUAACUCGACCUAUUUCAAAAACCAAUAGUAAUUUCUAAGAUUUCCCUCUUUUCCCCAAAUAGAGACAUUUACGGAUUUUACUUUGCAAGAUUUUCCCUAACAUAUAACCAAGGGCUUUAUGAGCUUAUAACACAGUGGCACCAUAAACUUGUGGCUUUACCCUAUAUUUCCCUUAAGUGAGAUAAUAUACAUACAAUAUCAGUGUUACAGUUCAUGCUUAUAGAACUGUAAAGUGAAAUUUUCAUUAUGACGACCAAAUGCCUUUAUCUAUAUCUUAGUGCAUAGAAAGUAAUAAAUAAAAGUAAAUUAAUAUAUCUAACUUUAAUUUUAAAUAAGUCCAGUUAGAAUAUCAAUAUACAUAAUACCAACAAUCAAAGUCUGAUAAAAGCCUUACUCUCACCUUUUACAAAUACUACAUUUUACAAAGAAAAUUUAAACAGCACUUAAAUGUAGUACAGUUGGUAGAUGACUAAUAACAUCAAAUUUCAAUUAGAAGCUAUUAAGUGUUAAACAAAAACUUACAUUAAUUUAAGAAGCAUUACUUUAUAUUACUUUAAGAACCCAACAAUAAAUUUUCAGCUUUGUCAGGAAUAUUUGUCGUUAGAAUUUUCUUAUGACCAACUAGAACAUUUUCAACAGUUCAUAGAACUAAAGGAAACUCAUAAUAAAAAACUUGUUUCUUUUAAGAAAUUGUUUUAAACUAUCACAAAACUAAUUGAUAUUUUCCUUAAUUUCAUAGUUGUUAAUGCAUGCUCAUGAUGUAUACAAAUAAAUACUAUUAUUAGUUUAUUAACUCUAUAACACCCAAAAAUUUAUAGACUUUAAUGCAACUUCUAUAAUUAUUUUAAAAAUUUUGGUAUGAUAAUAUAUAAUUGCAUUGAUAAUAUAAUUAACAGAAAAUGAAACAUUUAAUAACUUCAAUAUAAUGAUUGAAUUUUCAAAUACAAGGUUGCAAUCGUUAGGAGCGAUAAGGCUCACUUGAGAUGUGCAAUUUUUAAAUUAAGUUACAUAACCAAGCAUAAAAAUAUACUUUAUAGAGAUUAACAUAAAUUUUCAACAGAAUUUAAAAAAUUUUUUAAAAAAAAGGGGAGAAAACAGAAUGGGAUCAGUAGUUCAAUCAUUGAAGAGGUAACAAGUUAAGCCGGAUUUUUUUUUUUCCCUUCAAUUAAAUCUUGGGAACUAAUUACUUGAUUCAAGAUAUUUCUGACACGACUUUAAAAAUUGUUAAUCUAAAGAUACAUUCUUGCAAAAAUUUAAGAACUAUUUUUAUUACUUAUAAAAACAGAACUUUGUUAUGCGCAUGCCAGAUCAGAAUUUUCUAAGAUAUUGCUUAAAAAAUUCUUGUGAAAUCACAAAUUUAAGCAACACAAAUUUUAAGAACAAAUUUCUUUUUUUAAAAAAAGCUGGUACUCAAAUUUGCAUUAGGAUACAUACUAAUACUCAAUAAAAAAAAUUUUAAAAAAUCUAUUCAUUGCACUUAACGGGGUUUCAGAUGGAAAAAAAAUAACAACAAAGAAGUUUAACUUUUCAGUGUGUAGUUUUGGAAGAAUUAAAUUAAGAUUUCAGGAUAGAUAAUAGCAAGAUUUAUUUUCACAGAAGAUAUUGUUAAAACAUACUCAAGAUAUUACAUGCCAUAGACUACUAUUAUUUUCCGUAACAAAUAUUUUGAAUCUCUUAUAGAGGCAUGUUUAUUAAGAAAAUCUGUUAAAUAUCUCUUAUAUAGCAUGCAGUCAUCAAACGUGCUACUAUUGAAGGUUUGUUAAAAAGUCAAAGAUUAGUAGAAAGUCCGUCAUCAAAACCUCCUCAUAUUUCAAUGUUUUAUAUUAAGUAUUUUAUUGAUGUUUUAACAGUUUUAAACAACAAAAAAAACCUAAUGAAAAAGCAUCUCAUUCUAUUAAUGUAUUUAAAAAUGUUUUAAAUCACAAACAGACUAGUAAACAACCAAUAAAUAUGUCUUCAGAGGAUCUUGUGGAAUCAAACACAUUUAACCCAAUAAGAAAUACAAAUGGUAGAUUGAUUUCUCCUAAUUUAAAGUGAUAAAUCUGUCUAUUCCUCAAAUUACCAGAUAUUUCAAGACCUAAAUCUGUUAUUUUCUAACAAAUAAUGUUUUUUUUUAAUCUUAUCAAUGGCAAUAUGUUAUUUAAAAAUAGUCGUUAUGACUUAUCUCUAACUUGCCCAGGAGAUUAACAUAUGACACAGUUUAGUUAAUAAAAUGUUUGAUUCUGAAUCUUGUUCAAUUUCCUAAUGCUCUAAUUACUAAACUAUGAACCACAUUCCUUUUUUUUAAUGCUAAAUUUAAUGAAAAAAUGUUAAUCAAAAAAGUAUAAUUCUGUGUCAAUUACAUACAUGAAAAUCUAAUCAUUAUAUCAAAAGUCAUUCAAAGGUUUUAUAUGCUGGUUGAACAUAAUGCCAAUCAUUAUUUCAAAUAAUUUUAGAUUAACUGAAUAAUCAAUCUUGAAUUAAAUAAUUUGCUAGUACUAACUGAAAGACUUCCAUAUCACAAUUUUUAAUUUCUUUUAAUUUUAAAGUUGGAACAAUACCAUUAAAUAAAAUGCAAUGGGAGAAAAAGAAAAAUAUAUAUCCUUCUGAAUAAUAUUUAAUCUAAAGAUUGGACACUCAGGUACUAGAAGUCAUCUUAAUAGUUCAAAAAGUAGAUUUUAAAUGUGCUUGGUUAUUAAUAUCCUACCAACAAAUUAAGUCACAAAAUAAGCAAAUCUCUGAAUAAACAUAUCUUUUUAUAACAAAUUCAGAUUUUUGACUUUCAUAAUGUGGAAGAAAUAUAGUACCAAUGAUUUUGCAAGCAGUUCAACAAAAAAUUUGGCCCAUCUUAAAUUUAAAUGAAAUUGAUUGAAAAGCUCCCAAGAAAUAAAAUUUCAAAAACAUGACUUUUUGGGUUUUUGUUUCUCGGUAACUUUGUAGUUUAAAAUAAUAUACUUUUUUUGUUUGAUUUUAUAAUUUAAUUCAUAGAUAGAACUAAUUAGCAUAAUUAAAAUCUAUCUUCCAAUUCAGAUUUAACCUUAGUGCAUAAAAGUUUGAUCAUAAAACUAAAAGUUAUUCAGUGCAAUGUCUUCUUAUUUAUGGCUCAACGUUCAUUAUAAUAAUAUUUAUGUUAAUGUUCUGACUGUAAAUAAUUGCCUUUUUUAUCUAUUAAUGCUAGUGCAGAGUAAAACUGCAAGUUGAAUUUGCACAAUGGUUUAUUUAUUUUAUUUUGUUAACUUUAGAUUCAUUAAAUCCAAAUGGAUUUAAAAUUUCCAUGUAAUGAAUGUUUAUUUUUAAUGUUGUGUUAUUUGUUUUUUUUUCCUUUGUAAAACAUAUUUUUAACAACUUUUAAAGAUUUUUAUGCAUUCUUUUUUUACUCAAACAACUUAGUGUACUUAAAUGUGUUCCAGUUUUCUUAUUUUAUACAUAAAGGCAUUUAGCUUUAAUUUUUCACUGUAAUUUCUCAAAUUCAUGAGCUAUACACCUCCGUGCACUCUACCCUCGUUAAUAUUUGUAACAUUUGAUCUACCCAUGUAAUGUUAUUUAUUGUGUCAAAAUAUUUGUAGAUUAGUGUUUGAAAACUCAAUAUAAAAAGGACAGAGUAAUGCAUUAAGAAGAUCAAGCAUAAGUUCUCAGAUUAUAAACAGUUAUCUGUGAAAAAAUGACAAAAAAAUUAUUACAUCAAAAUCUAAAAAAGAUUUAAUUAAUGGCCUAGCCAGCAUGCCUUGUUUUUCAAACUUGCAGAAAGUUAUUUUCUUUAAUUCUUUUAAUUUUGCUUGUUAUAUGUACAUUUCUUAAUAUAUCAGACCCAUCUGCACUUCAUAGACAGACCUCCAUUCUUAUCUCCUACUUCACCAUGUUUAUACUUAUACUGGUUACCUAACCCAUUGGUCAAUUUUCUUCUUGUAAUUUUCUUGCUAUAACGUAAUUGAUUCUGUAUUUUCCAUUCUUAUUUUAUGUUUCCACUAUGAUGAUAUUAAUUGUUAAUAUGCUGAAACAAUGUUCUGUCCUUCUAACUUGUCUGUGCUUAUCAACUUAUGGUUACACAUAGGAAAACUAUUUCAAGCUAAAAUUGUUAAUAAGUUAACUGAAAAAACGCAUAGUAACUCUUGGGAAUCCUGUUUUAAGUAUAUUGAUAACAAAUGCAUAAAAUUGGUAAACAUUUAGAAACAUAUCUGUGAAUGAACAUAUCUGAAAUCAUAAUUGUAUAUAAUUCAUCUUUAAGUUUCAAAAUGCUUAUUGUGUUGAAAAAAUAAUAUAUUCAUGUUGAGAAAAAAUCGAAAUGGUCUUUGAUAAUGUAAUUUAUAUGUAUAAUACAUAAUGAACUAAAACUGUAAGAUUCUAAGUAUUACAAAAAUAACAGACAUUAAUCUUAAAAAGAAAAUAAAUCUGCAAUAAUCUGAAAUCCUACCUCAAAAUUGUCUAUAAAUUACAAAUUUACAUGGAAAAAAUAUUUAUGGUAUAAAAAUGUUAUCAAGAGUUAGCUAAAAUGACAUUUUCAAAUUGUCACAACAAAUAAUGUUAAUAAAUUGGUAGCAUUCAGUGCAAUAUUUACAGGACUUUUGUAAAAAUGACACAAUUAACGUUUUUGUUGGGACCAAUAAUUGCAUUUUAACAAAAGCAUAGCUUUAACAAAAAUAUUUCUUGAAAAUAUUGGAUUCUUUAUGUGAAUUAUUGUUAUAAUAAAGUUUAAUGUAUCAUUCAAACUUGGAGUAAAAUUGAAGUUAAUUAUUUUUUUUCUGUCACACACUGUAUAAGUCACAGUAACAAGUAUUUAUUUUGUUAAAUUUUAUUUAUGUUCAUUAAUUAUAUUUAAUUAUAACAUUAUACGCAAUAGUUUCAUUUGUAACAUUAUGAUGUAAAAUAAAUAUUUUCAGAUUGGC